AUGUUUUACGGCUCGCCCAGUUCGACGAGCAGCAGCUCCAGCUCGACUCCCAGCUCCGGGUCCAGUUCCUUCACAUCCCCCUACUCCUCGUACAGAAGCAUCUCAUCACCCAUGGACAUCGCACCAAGCCCAUUCUCGACAAGAGGCCCGGACGCGAGCUGCGCUUUCCCGUCGUGGCCGCGGCGGAGCUCCUUCUGCGAGUACGAUGCGUCGGAACUGAGCGCAACCUCAUACAUCUCGGACGAGGACCUCUUCUACGAAGACGACAUCCGCAGCGACUCCAGUCACGGCAGCGCCUCGCCGGUACAUUCACCACCGGUACCAGCCCUCACCGAGCUCGACAUCCUCGAGCUGCAGCGAGAGCGUGCAGCCUACCAGCAAGAGGUGAUGAAGCUUCUCCUGCUUGAGAAGGACCGCCGGCGGCAACAGGCAAAGAGGCGCUCCAGCUCAUCAUCCAAAAAGACCAAGAACAAGCUCAAGGCCAUGACGCCCAUCGCCGAGGCCGAGUGA